CCGCGUUGCUAGGACUUGGCGAAGCGUGGCGCUCUCGCGGGCGUCCCUCAGGUGGGCCCUUCUGCCGGGGUGCCAGGUGAGCCGGGACAGAAAUGGCAGGAAAGGAGAACAACUUCCCGCCCCUGCCCCGCUUCGUGCCGCUGAAGCCCUGCUUCUACCAGGACUUCGCCGACGAGAUCCCCGCCGAGCACCAGGUGCUGGUGAAGAGGAUCUACCGGCUGUGGAUGUUCUACUGUGCCACUCUGGGUGUGAACCUGGUGGCCUGCCUGGCCUGGUGGAUUGCGGGUGGAGCGGGGGCCAACUUCGGCCUGGCCAUGCUCUGGCUGCUCCUCUUCACGCCCUGCAGUUACGUGUGCUGGUUCCGGCCUGCGUACAAGGCCUUCCGAGCCGACAGCUCCUUUAACUUCAUGGCGUUCUUCUUCAUCUUCGGAGCGCAGUUCGUCCUGACCGCCAUCCAGGCCAUCGGCUUCUCAGGCUGGGGCGCAUGUGGCUGGCUGUCAGCUGUUGGAUUCUUUGGGGUCAAUGUUGGGGCAGCUGUGGUCAUGCUGAUCCCGGCCAUCUUGUUUUCUUUGUCUGCUGUUAUGAUGGCCAUCGCCCUUGUGAGGGUGCAUAGGAUCUACCGUGGGGCUGGUGGAAGCCUCCAGAAGGCCCAGACGGAGUGGAACACUGGUACCUGGAGGAACCCCCCAUCGAGGGAGGCCCAGUUUAACAACUUCUCUGGGAACAGCCUGCCCGAAUACCCCACUGUCCCCAGCUACCCCAGCGGAGGCCAGUGGCCUUAGGCUCCGUCUCCUGCCACCACCCUCGGUCCUGAAACCUGAGCAUCUCCCCGAGAUCCGGGAGGCCCUCGGCCCGUGUUCGUGUCCUGCCCGAGCCUCAGCAAACUGCCUUUCGGCCGCUGUCCACUGCCAUUCCAGCAGAGCCGGCUGUGGGCGCCCGCCCCGCCUGUCCAAAGGGUGGCCUCCUUCUCAGGCUCCUGUCCGUUGUGUUGCUGAGACCCACAGCUGAGCCCCUGAGAGCACUUGUGGGUGGAGGCAGGAGCAUGGCUGUCGUGGCUGCGUCCUCAGCUCUACCAUCCAGUCUACCCCUGUGCUCCUCUGGGGACAGGGUCCUGCAGCUUCCUGUCCUUUCCCCAGUGGCAGGGACAUCCUGCUGUCCCCACCUCCGUCCAGGAUCCUGAGUGGACCUCUGCCCACAGAAGGCCCUGAUCCACUCGCUUGGGGCUGCUCUAGCUCCAGGAGGCUCCCCCGCUUCUCUGUGGGAGGAGAGGGACCAGCUCCACUGCACGGCAGGCCACACCCUGGUCACAGAGGCUGGCCAGGACCGGAGGCCCCUGGUCUGCCAGGAGCAGAGCCAGGGACAGAUCUGUGCCUUAGAGAGACCCGUUUCCCCUCACCCUUCUGCCUUCUCGGGACAGCGGUGGCCUCACCAGGAGAGCCAGACCGAGUCCUGGAGUGUCCACGGCACCCGAUGACUCUGGACUCGACAUUCUUCCUUGUGACCAAGUCACUGCGGUCCCCAGGCCUCCCCACAGGGCCGUGCCCCUCCUAGACCGGUGUCCUGCCAAACUGCCUGGGCACCUGGCCUCUGUUCUGUGCCCAGGAUGCCAGAGGGGCCAGGAUAGAGAGUUGUAGGCGUGUGGGGAGCAGCCUUGCACCCUGAAGCUCCAUCUUAGAGUGGCAUGGGGAGGGAGCCCAGUGCCCACCACAGGGGACACGCCCUCAAGACACCUGCCGCUCGGCCCUGCCACCCCGGGUCCGUGCACCCACAUGCCACAGUUGGUUUUGUUAUGUGAGAACAUUCUGGAAAUAAAUUCCCUUUUCUGCA